AUGACUCAUUUAAUGAACACUGAUAAAGAUGAUUUCCUAAGACUGCUAGAAUUUGAAAGUGAAGAAGAAGAUGAGUCCUAGAUUUACAUUCUUAGACAAUCAUAGCUCAAUGAGCUUAAGGCAUUCAAUAGAAAACAAGAGCUGGCAUAAUUUAUUAAAAUAGAUGAUUAUUUAAAUGAAAAAGAUGUUGACGAUAAUACAUAACGUUGCUAAAUUGAUUCUUCAUAUUUUUAGCAGAAUUUGAUAAAGAUUGAUCAUAAAAAUCUAUCGAAGGAGAUGAAAAAAGCAAUUUUAGAGCUUAAUAUUGAAGACUAGGAGUCUAUACUGAGCAAAGACAUUGGUUAAUUCUAGCAUUUUACCAUUAAUACUCAAGAACAAGUUCUAUAGUUCUUGUUUGCUAAAUUCAGGGAAAUUAUUAAACAUAACUGGAGAAAUGAUUUACAAUUAGAUUAUUAAAAUAUAAUAGAUGAAUUAAAACAAAGAUUUCAUCUAAAGAUAGAAAAUGCAGAUACAGUAUUUAACAUUGAUAAUAUGGGAAUGCUAGAUAAUGAUGAAUUCUUAGACAUUCUAUCGAGCUCUAUUAAAGAUUAUAGGUAUAAGUUAGAUGAUUAAUACUAGCUAAGAAAGUCAGGCUAGGAAUAGUAAUAGGUACCAAGAUAUUCUUUAAUGCUUUAAUAAGAAAAAGAAGAGGAAUAAUAAAUGAAAAGAAUAUUAAGAAGAGUGGCAGACCUAGAAGAAAAUGAUAAUUAGGUGAGAUUUAGAGAUGAAAAUAUGGAGAAUGAUGAUGAUGAUAAUCAAAGCUAUGUUUAUAGCCAAAUCUCUGGUAGUCAAUAAUAAUCUUAAUAAACAAAUAAAGAUCGAUAGAGCUUUGAUAAAGUUAAGACUCUCAAGGAUUUAUUUCAAUAAUAAAAACAAAAAUAUUAAUAAAGUGGGAAUGUUAUCAAAAUAAGUAAAAGAAAAAGAGACUAGUCAAAUAAUCCUCCACGCGAAAAACCAAGAUAAAGAAAUCUUCUUGACUAUGGUUAAAGAUCUAAAGCAAAGUUAGUCUAAAGCUAUACUGGUUAAAUUAUUUAGAAAGAGAAAAAAAAGAAUAAUUGGGGAAAAAUUGUAGAUUACUUCCCUGAUUCCUAGACCACAGCUUUGACUCUCGAAAGAUCUAUUUAUUCUGGAAGUAGCAAUCAGCUGAAUAAUAAUAAAAAACCUGAAAACUAACAAAUAGCUAGACUAGAUUCUUUGUUUUAUAAAAAAUAGACCUAGCAAUCUACUCUUUAAGAAAGUUAAUUCAAAAGGUAGGAAUUCUAAAUCAGAGUUGAUGAACUUUUUAAGAGACUAAAUUAGUUCGAUUUGAAAUCAUUCAUUCAUAAAUUUAAAGAAGACAAUCAUUUCAAGAGCUACAUUAAUCAAUAGGUCUUAAAAAUCCAAUAGUAUAUUGGGAAAAAUCAGUUACCAUAUGAUGAUGAGGAUACAAUAUACUUCAAUGAGGAGAACUAUUAAAAGAAUGAUGAAGAAUCAAUACUAAAAGCUCUUAAAAACUACUGUACUACAUUGUCAAACUUUGACAGUUUUACUCCUUAUUAAAAACAAGAUCUCAUUACCAAGAUAAACAGUUGCUUCAUUAACCUUAUAUUUAACCUAAACAUAUUCGAGUUUAUGAUGAUAAAAUCCUUUGAAUACUAGACAACUGUUAUUAUGCAAUUAAUACUUAUUAUUGAUCUACUGAAUUAAGAGUAGGGUAAAAUGAUUGUAGAUUAUGAGCUAUUUCUCUAGUAUAUCGUGUUAUAUGUUAUUAAAAUUCUCAUGAGUUUAAAUUAAGAACAAGCAAGAGGUUUAUUAAAAAAAGAAACUUUGAUAAUUCAAUUCAAAUUGCAACAUUCAAAUAAUGGAAGAGCCAACCAGAACUGA